AUGACGCUCCCGCUCCCGUGUCCUGCUCCAGCAUCCUGUGACGCUUCGGAUCCACCGACGGCAGUGCCACAGCGCAAGCGGCGUCGAAGAGCGCCCGCCAGCGGUGCCUCGGACGACUGCUUCGCUUGCUCCAAACGCAACUCCAAAUGUGACCGCCGACGGCCAUACUGCUCGCAAUGCCUCGAGGUUGGCAAAGAAUGCUCGGGAUACAAGACUCAAUUGACGUGGGGCGUGGGUGUGGCCAGUCGAGGAAAGCUGCGUGGGUUGUCUCUGCCAGUUGCGAAGUCUGCGCCCGUAGUAAGGAGUCCUGUCACGGGCCGCCCCCGAACCUCCUCCAUCGUCUCCCCUGCGCGCGAGAGCCCAACCCACGACGGGGACGAUGUCAAGACCAAGAUCAAGAUCGAGAUGGAGGCGGCGGCGUCGAUGCCCGUUAACCCUUUUACUACCUACGACUUUGUCAACAUGGCCCCCAAUGGAGCCGCCCCGUCAAUGCAGAUGCCCGAGUGGAAUCUGAGCCAUCCUCAAGACUAUCCCCUACAGGACUAUCAACAGGACGGCAUGAGCCACCAAAAACAGCUCCCUCAUUUGCACCGACUCCAUACACAUACUCUUAGUCUUGGCAGGUCUGAUAAUCUACACAUAUCCAGCUCGCUCGAGUCACUGAGCGCAUAUACUGACAGCGACUACAACGCCUCCCCCAUGAGCCAGUCUUUCCAGGGCGACGAACCGCCACCUUUCCUUCGAAGUCCAAUGCCAAUUUAUACCGACUUUUCUUCCCGCAACUCUACAGCAGACCAAAGUCCGGUGGUUGGUCUGAUGGGGGACUCCCGUGGGCCCACCUCCUGCCCCGAGCGCUUCUAUUCUCAGUCAGAUAUCAGCUCGAGUCUGAGUUCACACCAGAAUCUCUAUGAUAUUGCUGAAGGCCGCCAACAGCAUGCGUCUUCAAACACCAAUGACAUCUUCUAUGAUGACGAUAUGAUGGGAGCAUCCCAUGUGUCAAAUGACUUAGAGGUAUAUGCCACCAGUGCUCGAUCAAGCCACUUUGGCUGGAACUCUAUCAAUGAUGAUGAUGUAGCCUCACAGGCAGCUUCCGAGGCAGAUGCCUAUCAUUUCUCUAGCUCAGAAUCAAUGUCCUCCUCCGCAGAUAUGUCACCUCGGAUACCAUUCUUCCUAGACUAUUAUGAGAAGAUCAUAUGCCCCUCCGUGGUUGUGAUCGAUACGCCGAAUAACCCAUACCGAGAGCACAUCCUCAGCCUUGCUUCCUCUAGCAGGAGUCUCCAACAUGCCAUCUGCGCACUUUCCGCCUGCAAUCUUCGCAUGAAACGCAGGAAAUCGCUUGGCCAAGGGAGUUGGCUUCGGCCGCUUGAAUUGGACUUCCAAGAUCGCCUCAAUUCCCCUCCUCCUCGUCCCUCUCAUACCCGGAGAACCUCAAACAACACAAUAUCGCCCGACAUCAAAUCACUAGAUGCUUCGCUUCAAGAAGAGUAUCAACAUCGGUCGCUUGCCGUUUAUCUCUUAAAUCAGCAACUUGGGGACCCUUCUACAGCACGUCACGAUUGCGUCCUAGCAACUUUAUUCAUACUUUGUCAUUAUCGAAUGUGCGAGUCUGGUAUUGCACAGUUCCAAGUACAAUUUGCGGGCGUGAAAAAGAUUCUUGGGAUGCGCGAAUCUGGAGUUGAAACCGGGAAUUGGGGCUGGAUGGAGACGCUCUUCACUUACUUUGACGGCAUCGCCGCGAGUAUCAAUGAUCGAGAAGCACAGUUUCGAGGCGGCUAUCUAGAUAUGAUCGCCAAUCCCUCGAACUCCAACCAUGCCCUUGAGAACAUGACGGGCUGCGACGCUUUCCUCUUUAAAACUAUUGCCAAACUUGGCCGACUCAACAUGCUCUCCCAACACCGCCCUGUCCUCGAUGAUGCCUCGCCGAUGACACAGAGGCGCCGUCCUUCACUUCCAAAUCCACGGCCCCGAUUGGCGGGUCGAGCCCUCGUUGAUUUCUACAAUCUACAUGCGCAUAACUUCGAUGGUAAUGGCUUUGCCUCCACCCUAGAUGACGACGCCGCAUUUUCGCUUCUCACCUCUUCCGCUUCGCAUGAUGACCUGCGGACUACGUUCUGGACCGAGUGGAAAGCAGCACGCCAAGCCCUUCAAGAAUGGGAAUUCGACCCAUCACGCCUCGUCUCCACACUUCCCGCUACCCCCUCUCCUACGCAGCUAAGAGACUUCGGAUAUGUUUCGGAAGCCUUUCGCUACGCUGCCCUCCUAUAUACAGAACGCCUAGCAUGUCCCAACCUCCCCUCCUCGCAUCUCAAUUUUCAGAACCUUGUCUCGCAAGUUCUAUUCUAUGUCACGAGUCUCGAGCAGGGAUCAAGCGUAGAAAAAUUCCUAUUGUGGCCGCUAUUCAUUAGCGGCAGUGAAUGCGUCAAUGAGUUACAGCAAGGAAUUGUCCGCACGAAGUGCAGGGAGAUUAUGGGAAGGAGCGGCUAUCUUAACAACCUUGCCGGGCUAGAGGUUUUAGAGAAGCUGUGGCGGGAUAGCGGAGAAGAUGGCAAGGCUGUAUUUGGCGGCCCAUUUAAGUGGACUAAAUUUAUGGAGGGGGUAGAAGGAGAGUGGAUUAUGGUUUGA